CACGCAAAGGUUUUUCUUCAUCCUCCUAAACUCCGUUGCUUGCUUAACCAAAACACCCCCAUUCGAAUCUCUCUCUCACCAACUCUCUCACUUCCAAUUAGUCCAUCAACUACUCGAUUCGCCGUACGUGAGAACCCUCUCGGAACAUAACAUUAGGAUAGGUUUUUUCCAGAGUUGAUUUUUGACCAUGGAGCCUCGUUUUGGGAACAAGUUCCGACUUGGCCGCAAAAUCGGUAGCGGCUCCUUCGGAGAGAUUUACCUCGGAACUGAUGUUCAGACCAACGAAGAGGUCGCUAUUAAGCUUGAAAGUGUGAAGACUGCGCAUCCGCAACUGUCAUAUGAGUCGAGGAUAUAUAGGGUUGUUCAGGGUGGAACUGGGAUUCCAAACAUUAAGUGGUUUGGUGCUGAGGGUGACUACAAUGUCUUAGUCAUGGAUUUGCUUGGUCCUAGCCUCGAGGAUCUCUUUGGCUAUUGCAACCGCAAGUUUACUUUGAAGACUGUUCUCAUGCUCGCUGAUCAGAUGAUAAACCGUCUCGAGUUCAUCCAUUCUAAAUCCUAUCUUCACCGUGAUAUAAAGCCUGAUAAUUUUCUCAUGGGUUUAGGAAGGCGCUCAAAUCAGGUCUACAUCAUAGACUUUGGCUUGGCUAAGAAAUUUAGAGACAGCUCUACUCAUCGUCAUAUCCCUUACAGGGAGAAUAAAAGUCUAAUUGGGACUCCGAGAUAUGCCAGCUUGAACACUCACCUAGGGAUCGAGCAAAGUCGGAGGGAUGAUGUAGAAUCACUUGGUUAUAUCCUCAUGUACUUCCUCAUGGGAAGUCUCCCAUGGCAGGGACUGAAAGCUGGGAACAAGAAACAGAAAUACGACAAGAUUAGUGAAAAGAAGGUUUCUACUUCCAUCGAAACGCUAUGCAGAGGUCAUCCAACAGAGUUCGCAUCCUACUUUCAUUACUGCCGCUCACUUAGGUUUGAUGAUAAGCCUGACUAUGCUUAUCUGAAGAGACUCUUCCGCAACCUUUUCAUCCGUGAAGGUUUCCAGUUUGAUUUUGUGUUUGACUGGACGGUUCUCAAGUAUCAACAAUCACAACAACCUGGAAACCCUUCACCUCGUGCCAAUGAUGGUGGUGUUGGGACUAGCUCUGGAUUCAACCCUGCAGCCAGCAAUGCUGAGAAACGUCCAGACUUCCCAAAUCAGAGAACGAAUCUUGAUCUUAACCUGAAGCAGAAGACAAAGAACGUAAACGAAUCUGCAACUGCAAAGGACAAGCUGGUGCCUGGAUCGUUCUUAGGUCGAUCAGAAGGAUCAUCAUCAAGAAGAGUUGUGGACUCAAGUAGUCGUGAACCGUUCAGUGGCGGGAGUGACAAUGCAAACUAUGAAUCUGCACUCAAAGGCAUUGAUGGCUUGCGGAUCAAUAGCAAGGCAGGAGAUGAGACUGCAGCGUUGCCACAAUCAAAUGGAGACGAUACUACUCCUCGUGUAGAACCCAAAGCAAAGCUAUCAGCCUGAUUCGUAGAUGAAAGCUUUAGAACAUAACCGGUAUUCACUUUUGUUGAUUGCUUCACCCUUCUUGAAGGAGUUUGAAGGUUGUCUAUGAUUCUUCUGAAGAAAGGCUUUAAAGUUAGAGAUUUGAUAUAAGGGAGGGAUAAAAUAUAUUUUUUA